UGGCAGCCGAAUUCUGACCUUAGCCAUUCCACAGGUAACACGUUUUCGGGGUCUACACCUCCAAAUGUAUCUGAACUCAUCGCUUGAUCGGCUUCACACCUGGGACCGCCUGCCCCCCUCCCCCCAUUUUCUCGGAGACCAUCUAGUCCUACUACAACGCAAUGAUCAGGAAGUUGGCCCCCCUGGCAUCCGCCGGGGACAGUGCCCAGUCCUCCACAUCCGAGCAACCCUUUCAAGCAGACUCAAAGAGGAAACGCCAGCAGGCUGAUAUUGCUUGUAAUCCUUGUCGAAGGAGGAAAUCUCGUUGCGACGGACUUCGUCCAACUUGCGCUGCGUGUCAGAAGCGAUCAUCCGACUGCACCUACGUUCAGAAACGAGAAGCUCUUCAGUCGUCCUACGAAUCUCAUGAACCGCAGGAACUCCUUGACAUUCUCAAGUCUGUAACGGAGCAACAUGCCAUUCAGAUUUUACGCCUCUGGAGGACCGAUACAGACAUUGCUGCCGUACUUUCUUUCGCCAGAGAACUCGUCUUUGGAGUUGGAACUGAUGGCCAACUUCCCCACUGCCUACCCUAACCUUCGUACCAUUCCAGCCACCGCACCGGAACGUGAAGCACUACUUAGCUCCAACAGCUCACGCCGAUCAAAGCCAUUCGAAAACCAGUAAGUCUGUACCAACAUUCCCUUUCCCUUCAAAAACCCUGUUGAC